CCUACGUCCUGCCGGUUAAAGUGGAAAUGGAGAUGGUGAUUCAGCAGUACGAAAAAGCCAAGGUUAUUCAGGACGAGCAGCUGGAAAGACUGACCCACAUCUGCCAAGAACAGGGGAGACUGUGGUGAAAGACGACAUGAACAAUUACAUCAGUCAAUACUACAACGAACCCAGCAGUGACAGCGGUGUGCCUGAAGGGGCCUUCUGCGUCAUCACAACAGCGGCCAUCGACGUCCACCAGCCCAACGUCUCCUCUGACCUCUUCAUGGUGGAAAUGCCGAUGAAGAUGAUGGAGAGCAACGGGAUCUCCACGAGCGCCGCAUCAGGCAGCGCCUCCAGGUCCACGGACAGCUCAGUCACCCGAACGCAGAGCGACAGCAGCCAGACCUUUGGCUCUUCCACGGACUGCAGCACGACGCGGGAGGAGUCCUCUGAGUACUGCCCCUUAAAGCGGCCCUGCCAGGCAGGCCAAGGCACUCAGGUCAGCUCCUCUUCGCCCCAUCGCAGGGUCCAUAACGCCGUCGUCCAGGAACUGUUGUCCUCCUUAUCGGAGGACUCCUGCUUAACCCAAAAGGGCCUGGACCCCGUGAACCUUAAACUGCCAAGCCCAGCGGGGUCGGCCACCGCCAGCCCCGAACUGGAGCGCCGCGUCAAUAUUUACAACAAAAAGAACCAAGAAAACUUUGGAGUCUUUCAGAAAAAGCCGGUCAUCCACUUCCAGCAGAAGACACAGGUGAUCGACAAGUACACGUCGUUGGAAUCCCAACAGCCAAGGUUCAGCAGCAUCCCGGAUUCCUAGUCUUCGGUUGAGUCGCGCGGUUCAGACGGAUGGGUGGUUCGCCAGGGGUGUGGGGGCAAACAUCCUUAAAGCUUUAAAACGGGGGGGACCCCGGAACCAUUCCGGGGUGGGUGUUUCAUGUGGAUUGGAAAUUGUUUUUUUUCAAAAAUGCAUGAGUUACGAGAGCCAGCACGAAAAAUAAGAAAUCGACAAAUUCUGUCACCUGGAGUCUUUUGGGGGGGGGGGCUCGCCCUCAAGGGAGAGUUUGGGGGGGCAAGGGAGGUGAACGCAGUUCAAACAAUGACCUCAAAAGAUGUAUAGAUUCUUAAGGUGUGGGGGAUUUUUUUUGUAAGCCAAGCGAACACAAAUCCUAUCCUUUUUACUGAACUUUGGACAAUCUUCUAUAAAGACUCACCUCGCUCCUCCUGACGGUUUCUUACGACGUCGCCUUUGUAAUGUGACCAAUUAUGAAUCCAUUUGUAUUGACAGUUAUUUUUGAUCUUCCUGGGGAGGGAAAAAAAAAACCACCCCCCGCCCUGUUUUUCAAGAAGUACUUUGAAUGAUGCCGCUCAAAGACAUCUUUAAAUACUUUAAAAAGAAUUUUAAAGUAAGUGUUCUCUUAUUUUUAGCAUGAACUUUGGGGGAAGAAAUAUUUUGGAGAAAAAAAACACAAUUAUUAUUAUUGCCUCUGGGGGUAAACAGAACAAAAAUGGGCAUUUUGCAAAUACAAUUUUAAUUAAAAUAUUUUUUUUAUUAAAAAAAAAUAUUCUAAAUCAGUGUUUUGAUUUUUAUUACCCCCUAACUGGAAGAGCUGACCAUACAGCAGCUUUUGCUUAAAAGGUUUUUUUUUUAAAAAAAGAAAAAUAUUUUAAACACGAAACUUUUAAUUUAUAAUUGAUUUUCCAACUCUGUUAUUAAGUCAACGUUGACUCUUUUAAUGACCACACUUUAGAAUAAUGUAAGGAAUUCCCCCAGCCUGAUAUAAUACAAAAUACGGCAGAUGUAUAUGUUUAUUAGAGAAUUAGAAAAAAGAGUUUGGGAAGUAACGAAGCCAAAUGGAAAAGGCAAAAAUUGAUGUAUUGCAAGAUCGUCAUCUGGAAUUCUUUUUUCGGCAAUUUUUACAUUUCUAGUUUUGAUAAAAACAUAAUUUAAACGGCUUAAAAAUAAUUUCUCUCUGUAUGAAGAAAUACUCAUUCCUUCCCUAACAUGGAAUACCUUUCAUUUUUUUAAUAUUGCCGUCAAUUCAGGGACAACCUGAAAGCAACAGAAAACGACAAGCUUACCAUCAGCCGAAUAACAAUAGGCAAAUAGACAUUUAUCCAACCUUUAAUCAAUGUAAAAGCAAUGCUUAUUUAUCCAUACUGGAGGCGACUAAAUAUCUGAAUUCACUUUUUAAAAAAAAAAUCAUACUGGCAAAACGUAC